CUUAAUCCUGCUGCGUCGCCGGAUGGUGUGGUGAUGCGAGGAAUCCAAGCUGCACGGCACGGCCGUGGCUUUCCUCCACUGCCUUGUUUUAGAGCCCGUUCACUACUACAAGUGGUAUAAGUAAAGUAGCACGGCUAGCCAGUUGGAGUUGAAAAGAGAAGAAAGUUUUGGCUGUAAAUUGCCCGGCGGAUAGAAGAAAGGGUAGGGGGCGAUUGCUCGCUCACACGGAAACCACCAUCGUGCCCUUCCUUCCGCGUGCACGCACUCGUGUGCAUCCGGAUCCAAGAGACGGGCGUGGCGCCAGCGUUUGAGAGAGGCGCGGAUGUCGUACGAGGUUGCAGGCUGGCUCCGCCCGCCUCCCGAGGCGACGAGAGCGACAAGACAGCGGCAUCGGCAUGUCGCCGCGGGGGUUCCUUCAAGGCCGGCCCUCUUGGCACUCUCGCCCUUGGAGGGCGCAGGCGAGAGCGAGAGAGGGCCGCCUCCUUUCCAGCUCAGCAGGGCCUCCAAGGACAUUGCCUUUGGUUCUAUUGCUGGAAUGGUGUCCAAAGUGUUUGAGCAUCCCUUCGACCUGGUCAAAGUGCGCUUGCAGACGCAAUCCGCAGAGGAGCCCAUGUAUCGGGGGGCUUUCGACUGCUUCCGGCAGACGUAUCUCAAGGAAGGCGCAAGGGGCCUCUUUCGGGGCCUCUCGAUGCCAAUCUUUGGUGCAACAUUGGAGAAUGCGACGCUCUUCUUCACCUACAACUUUGUCCAGGGCCAGCUCCGCCAUGCGUCGGGCAUGAGCGUGCCGCGGUCGUCCGACGACCAACAGGCCAGCGGCGGCGGCGGCGGCGGCGGCGGCGCUUCGACGUCGUCACUGGACGCCGACGCUGAAAACCCACUGCCGAUGAGCUACCUCGCCGUUGCUGCUGCCGCGGCUGGAUCGGCGACGAGCCUCGUCUUGACUCCCGUCGAGCUCAUCAAGUGCAAGAUGCAGGUCCAGAUGGUCGCGAGGGAGCUCGAGGUGGUGGCUGCUGCCUCUGCUGCUGCUGCGUCAUCAAGCACGGCUUCUUCGUCUCUGGCUUCGCCCAGUGCUACAGUAUCAGCAACGGCACCCGGCCAAGCAUUGAGUUCUGCCUCUUUUCGAGGCCUAGAUGGUCCCGUGAGCCUGUUCAUGCGUACGAUCCGCGCCGACGGACUCAGGGGUCUCUGGCUUGGCCAGACAGGCACGCUGCUCCGCGAGACGGGCGGCGGCAUCGCCUGGUUCCUCGGUUUUGAAUGGGCGUGCCGGACGCUCAUCACAAGGAAGAGGAAGCUGUGGGGGCGCAACGGUGUCACAAAAAAGGACCUCACCAGCUUGGAGCUCAUCGGGGCGGGCGCAUUGGCCGGCAUCAGCUACAACGUCGUCUUGUUCCCGGCCGACUCGGUCAAGUCGACUAUGCAGACCGAGCAGGAGCUUCGUGGUCACCAGCCCGGCUUUAAACGAUCCGGCUUCUUCCAGACGUUCCGCCACAUCUAUGCGACACGGGGUCUCCGAGGUCUCUAUGCUGGAUGCGCAGUGACCUGUAUGCGCAGCGCGCCCAGCAGCGCUCUGAUUUUCCUCAUGUACAACAAACUCGAAGCACUGGCCGACAAGCAUGGGAUAUGAUAUAGAAGUCGCUCCAUGGCACUGCACAGCAAUUUACAUUC